AUGCGGGCCGCCUCACUCACUAAACUAGGGCGGGCGGCAAAUCCCGCUGAUAGUGAAGAAAUUGAUGUAGAGAACCACAUUGUUGAACUAUCGACUUUCAAGAAGUCGGACUUGGUCGUCGCUAAAGAUGCACACGCUGGCUUUGUUCCAUGGCUCCCAGCACUAUCUUGGGAGGCCUUUAUAGCAGCUCGCUUCCCCUUACGAGGCCUUGUAACCUGCGCCGUGGUAUCCAGAAUCGGCCAAUCCAUUGGCUUCUCAAUCAACGUAAUGAGCCGGAUCAUCGACGUCAACCGGGCGGGUACCCUUACCUGCGCGUGGUCUGCAGCGCGGGUACUAUUCAAGCAGGACUUCCCUGCCAACAUGGUAUUGAUCGCCAAUAUAAGUGAUCAUGUGGUGAAAAAAGGAAUUGACGCUGCAGCUUGUGGCUCUUCCAGGGCAGGAGUUCAUCAGUUCACGCGGAACCUAGCCUCUGAAUGGGGGAGUCCGAAAGGUGGACCAGUCAUUCGCGUUAAGUCGCUGAGCCCUGGGUAUAUCCGUAAAUGCAUGACGGAAGGUUUGUGGAAGGAUCCGAUGCAAUAG